AUGAAGACCUCUACUCUAGCCAUUGCCGCUCUUGCGCCCUCGACAUGCCUGGCUGGCAUCGGCCACUCGUGGUCCUUUUCCGGAUCGCCCUCUGGAGGCAUGAAAGACAUUACUUUCGGUUUCGGCGUCUCCAAGGCUGCCCACAAGCGAGGCUACUACUUUGCCAACCAGUACAACUUUGAAAAUGUCAAGGAGGUCAGCUACACCGGCGUCCAGCCUCAGACGGACUCGAACGGCCAGGCAUCCAUCCGCGGCGUCUUCUCCUCCUUCCAGGGCGGCACCACCUCCGACCACCCCAACUGCAGCGAUGGCGCCGAUGGCGGAUCUGGUGUCAGCUGUGCUGUCACCUUGAAUGUCGACGACUUCGGCGGCCGAUUCGACUGUGUGAUUGAGAAUAUUGGAGGUACUAAGUGGCGUGGUACCUUGAAGAACGCUGCGACGGGCCAGUCCGCAGUCAUUGGCGAGUUUGUCCAGCCUUCUGGUGCCGGCGGCAUUGCCAAAUCUCAGGUCGGCUUUCUCGAGUACUUUCUCGCCAAUGGAAACCCCAACUUCCAGUGCAAGGACCAGUUCAAGACGGAGGUGUCUUAUUACUACCCUACCUCAACCACGUCCGGCGCUGGCACGGGCAAGAUUGCCAAGCCUCACCAGUAUGGUAGCUGCGUUGAUGAGCAAGGGUUUUCCACCACUGCUGGCUCCAACUACUGGACCAUUGACACUGGCUUUUAG